GACAACAUCUGUCUGUCCUAGUCGGUCCUAGUUGUACUUGAACUUGACUGUAAAACGCACGACCGACCAAAAUUAAUUAAUUGCGAUACUUUUUGUUAAACGCGAAAAAUAGAAAACUUUUAAAAGUAUAUUUGUCCUACGAACUCUACAAUUUUUAUUAUUUACGAUUGAUCGUGUUCUUAUUGCAGAAUAUACACACAGUGUAUUAGUUCUCUUGAUAAAUGACAAUUAUUAUUUUAAUCGCUUUUACUAAUUUACAGAGUUAAUUACAUUGUUAAUUUGUCAUCAUAAUUAAUAGUAAUAUGAAAUGAUCGAGAAAAAUGCUCCUGUAGAAUAACAGUUAUUCUAGACUUUAAUUAUUUUAUCGUCAAUACACCCAUUCAUUAAUUCUCGUUGAUUUAAUUUGUCGCAUUAAAUUAGUGCAAUUGGCAGAUUGCUGAUUUUCUACGAUCUUUUACGCGAAAAUGUAAGAAUGCGUUUUUCCAGUUUUCCGAUUUCAUACUUUGUACAAGAUAUUCGUAAACAUUUAAUUUUCAUGCACAGCCUAACUUAUGUAAAAUAUUUUUUAUAUUUUAAUAUUAAUUGUUUGAUUGAAAAUAGCAGCAGUUUACAAUUAAAAUUUAAGAGUCUUACACACUAAAGCAUAGAGAACUUACUUGCGUGCAUAGAGAAUAAAAUUAUAAUACUGAUCUAUACGAACAAUCUGAGACACAACUAAGAAUAUCUGCUUGAUUCCUUCUUACUUAUGUUGAACUCUAUCUUUUUAUAAGUUUUAUUCUUUUUCUUUUGGAAGCAUCAAAAGCACACGUCUGCUUAAGUGACAGUUCACAAUGGCCUAACGCAUGAUUUCACAUUGUUAUAAAGACUUUUACGAUGGAGCACAUAGCAUUCAUGUACAAACAAACAAAUUAUGAUGAGAAUAUCAUCAGUCCUGGUAAAUCUGAGGAUACUUAUAAUUCCCGAUCAUAGAAGGAAUUAUUAAUUUAAAACAUGUAAUUACCUAACUAAAAAGCACUAUUUUUUUGUGUAAUAAUGCUACAAUAAUGCCGUAAUAAUGAUUCUGUCGGGGGAACGGAAUUCCCUACAAGCUAAUAUUUAUACGGAUAACUGCGUUCGAUUUUUUUUCAUUGAUGUAUCUUUGUAACAUACUGUCCAGUGUGACAAUUACAAUAGUGAAAUGGGACUCUAGUUUGUAAUGCUCUCGUUAGAAAUAUCUGUGUUAAAAGUCAAUCCGCUGAAAUCAAUGUGGGGAACGUCAGCGACAUAAUACCGUGCGAACCGCACCGAUACGAAGGAGCGUUAUCGGUACCACCGGCGGCAGCACGGCGGACUAUUAUACGAAUGCUGAAGCUGAUACGUGGUCGAAGCGAAGCGCACGAGCAGGACCUUGAAGCCGUCUCUCGCUGCGUUUACGAGCAUGCUCCGCUCGGUUAUCACGGAUUCCUGCAUCACGGGGAACCAAUUUCAAUGACGUCAACCGCACGAGCGUUCCGCACGCUUCUAACAAGCCAUGCAUCGCUAACGCGAGAUUCGUCGCGGUGUGACGACGAGACAGACGAUGAACGCAGACAAUCUACGGAGACAAUCAUGAGUCUCGCACUUGAUCUUGAUUACUGUUUACUGUUAAACUUGAGAGAUUCAGGUUUCAUGAUUCAGGCGAUUCAUCAUCUGAAAAUUACCGCAGUUUAGUUAACAAAAUAAACCUUUACCUAUCUGAAGGAACGUCGCAUUGUUCAGGCAGUUUGCGGAUCGCCGCCAGUUUACGUUAAACGGCCUGGCGCAUCAUCGGUCGAAUUAAUGAUCAGUUCAAAAUCUGGUUAUGGUCCAUAAAAAAGACCAACAAACCUCAAUAUUGAGUGCGACGAUAAACCUGUGAAUAAUCAUCUUUUAU